AUGGAGAAGCCCAUUCAGAGGGAUCAAGCCAACCGCUCUCCCGACUUAAAAGACCACGAAGACACGGCCUAUCUAAGCCGUUCUCACCAUCAGACUCCGCUCAAUGUCCACUUUCUAAAGCCCAACUUCCUCAGAACUGGCCCCUCAAAUUACCUCAAUAUCCCACCAACGCUCCCGUCUACAAACUCCAAGAACUCGGAGGUAAUCGCAAAGCUGUCGGAUGAGAUGCACACCAGCAUGCCUGAGCGCCCCCCUCGUGUGCCACUGUCGACCUACGAUGUCACCUGUGUAAAUAGCAAUUUGUCCGGCGAGCGAAUCCUCGACACACGAGUAAACUGCGCAGAGGGCCCACCAUCUCACGGGGAAGGUACCAAUGCGAUUUCAAGUGGGAGUCCGAUUAGCCUGCCGUUCGGAAGGAACGCAGAUGCAACCCGCAUACAUCCUACGCACUGCUUGAAGCUGUACUGA